CUCUUUCUCUCUCUAGAUUCUUCCCCCUAUCUCUCUCUCUCUCACUAGACUUGACUCUCUCUCUCUCUCUCUCGAAGUCGUGAUUAUAUAAUAUUAUCACAUGUAGCUCGUGCCGUUUCCAUUAUUCCCCUUUUAACUCCCUCCCUUCCCUUCCCUUCCCCUUCCCUCCACCCCACCAUUGCCUGCCUUCACACUUUCAUCCCCUCACGUCUCUCUCGCUCUCUCUCCCCCUCUCUCUGAUCGUUCAAAAUCGCUUCAACUUCUCAUCCAACGCCGUCGCACGCACCGGGAAGCAUGUCCAGAGCCGCCGUCGAGCUCGAUUUCUUCGGCCUGGAGAAGGAGAAAUCCUCCUCCUCCUCCACCUCCAAGUCCCUGGACCGCCGCAGGAGCUUCCGAGGCAUCCAGAGCGCGAUCUCGAGGAUCAACCCCGAGCUGCUCAAGUCGGUUAUCGCCUCGGCAUCCUCCUCCGCGCCACCGACUUCUAAAGUGGAGCACAAUGCCUUGCCUCCUCUGCCUGUCUACGUCCCCGUUCUCAGGCCUGCAAAUGCUGCGGAGAACGGUAGCAAAGAGACGGCUCCCAUGACCAUUUUCUACAAUGGAACCGUCACCGUCUUCGACAUCUCUCCCGAUAAGGCGGAGAAUAUAAUGAGACUUGCUGCAGAAGCAAGCUCGAAGAUCGUCGAGCCGGAGAACAAAACUGCCGUAACCGCUGCUGCCCCUCCUUCUGGCGAUCAGCAGCAGCUGCUUGGCCCUCUUGGCGGAGAUCUGCCGCUUUUUCGGAGGAAGUCGCUCCAGAGAUUCCUUGAGAAGCGCAAGGAGAGGUUGACUUCCCUGUCGCCAUAUGCAUGUGACUACUCCGACGGUGGACGCGGUUUCGGGAAGAACACGACGACCUGGGGCGGAUCCGACAUCUAGAAAAGUCGGGAGGAACGUGCACCAUCUUAUCCCAUCCCAUCCCAAUCACAAAUAUAGAAUCCCCGCCAAAUUGUCAUAAAUCUGACAUUUUGCCGUUCUCAUUUGACCAAUAGACAGGCACAUCAACAAAGGAAUAGCAUUAAUUACUUUGGUCUUGUACACAUGUAUGGUAUGGCACCAUAUAUCUUAUAUAUACUAGCCAGCUCAGCUUCCCCCCCGUGGUCCAUGUUUCUAAGCAAAUUGUUUUGUGGUCGUCGUACUUUUAUUUAUUCGCGUGUCCCCUUCGGUGGCGCUUGCGCUCUUUCUCGUGGCCUUCCGGGGAUUCCAUGGCCAUUCUUUUAUUCUCUGUAUGAUUAUUAAUUGUCGCCUGCUGGCACGAGUAUUAGUUUGAUUUUUUAUUAUAUAUCCCGAUCCUUCCAA